AUGAAAACCGACAUAUUGGUUUUGAUUAUUUUCUACUUAAAACGAAACUCCGCAUCUUCUCCUCGCUUAACCGGGAAUUGCGGACUUGUUACAACAACGCCAGACUCUGUGAUAAGUGAACGCAUUUUGAACGGCACAAACGCGAUUGCUGGAGCUUGGCCAUGGAUGGUUGAAAUUUUACAAGGAAACCAACACCGCUGCGGUGGAGCCCUGAUAAGCUCCCGACAUGUGCUAACGAGUGCUCACUGUCUAACCAACGAACCCAAGAAAUUAUUUACAGUUUCGCUCGGGAGCUAUUUAAGCCGCAAUAAAGGGGGAGGAGGACGGAAGCAAAACAUUAAGACAAUCUGCAUGUACUCUCAAUUUGUGAACGGCGAAUUCCAGGCAAACAUUGCCAUCAUAACACUGGAACGACCUGUGAAUUGUUCAGAAACCAUUAAAACAGUUUGUCUGCCCGACAUCAAUGACAAUCCGGAUUGUGACGUUCCCAUGUACGUUGCUGGAUGGGGAUUCACUGAACCGGUCAUAAAAAAUAACCAGUCUCGGUCUAAAGAUGUGGACGUGUUUCAAGUCGAAGAAGCUUUGAUGACAGUAAACUCCGGCUCUGAGAAAAAAUCCCAAGAAGUAACUGAAGGCACAAGCGAGUAUCUUGACGACUACUAUGAUACUGCAGUGACACCGGGGUCCGCGGUCAAAAAUACGAAUCCUGAUAUGCUCCAACAAGCCCGAGUACAGUUAAUCGCAAAUGAGAAAUGCGCAGAGCUGUAUCACCGGCCGUCAGUUCAUGGAAACAUCGUGUGCGCUAUGCACGACUUUGGAUCAUCUAUAUGCACGGGCGACAGUGGAGGCCCGUUGGUGUACAAAAGAAAUGAUGGCCGCUGGACCUUGAUGGGACUAACAACUGCUACCGCGAUGCCAUGCAACGUCACCAAACUCCCCAUGUACUUCGUUAGAACUAAACCCUUCAUGGACGAGUUCAUUCUUCCGUGUGUUCAAAAUUAUAGUAAUUGUACAUGCAAGGCAGCAAACAAUACGGAAUCCGGCAUUUAUAACUAG